AUGAAAUGCUUCAGCAUUACCGAUCUUGUUCAGGAACUGGAUUUGAAUAUUACUUUAAGGAUGAUUAUAGCGUGUCAUAAAGAUACAGAAUUUCAAUGUGCGGAUGGUAGAUGUAUUCCUAGUUCAUGGCGUUGUGAUGGGGACCGGGACUGCACGGAAGAAGAGGAUGAGAAACAUUGCAACUUGUUGACCUGUAGUAACGCGGAAGACUUUCGAUGUUCAGGCGAGUCUUCAGGUUUACCUUUUUAUGCACGCGAAAGUAAAGAACGGUUUGCUCAAUGCAUCCCUAAGUCAUGGGUUUGUGACGGAGAAGCUGACUGUAAAGAUGCUUCUGAUGAGGCGGACUGUGCAAAUGCAAGUUGUUCUGAAGGUCAGUUUGCUUGUGCCGAUUUCAGUGGCAACAAGCAUGUUUGUUUGCCGUCAGACUGGAAGUGUGACGGUAGCAUUGAUUGUCAAGAUGGGACUGACGAGAAAGGCUGUGAGAAUCAGAAGCAAACCUGUGCUGAAGACGAGUUUCUGUGUGAAAAGGGUAUUUGUAUCUACAACCAUUGGAAGUGUGACGGAGAUGACGAUUGCGGAGACGGUAGUGACGAGAAAAAUUGUCCUUCUGAUAAAUGCGAUUCGAGAGAAAAGUUUCAAUGCAAAACUGACAAUAUAUGUAUUCCAACUUCUUGGGUUUGUGAUGAUGAGCACGAUUGUCCGGAUCGUUCCGAUGAAGCCAACUGUGAAAACAACUCACACAAGAAACUUCCUCAUCACUCUGUGAAGUGCCAUGCAAACGAGUUCCAGUGUCGUUCACAGACUCAGUGUAUUAACAAGGUCUGGGUUUGUGAUGGAGAUGAGGACUGUAAUGACGGGUCCGACGAAAAAGAUUGUGUUCUUUCUUUUUUUUUCGAUCGAAUUACUUUUUUUCAUUGUUUAUGGCACAACAUGGUUUGUCACAAAAGGAUGGACUUCAUUUUUUUUUAUCAAGGUUCCCUGCGUGAGUGCAAUGCUAGUGAAAAGGCCUGCGCCAAUGGCCGUUGUAUACCUGCGAAAAAGUGGUGUGAUGAAGUUGAAGACUGUAUCGACGGGUCGGAUGAAAAAAGUUGCGCGGACGAUUUAAAGGGGUCUGGCCACAUAAAAGACUGUGAUCAGUGGCAGUUUAAGUGCCCUAGUUCUCCUCUGCACUGUGUUAAUUAUGAUGACCUUUGCCAGAAGGGUGUUCCCAAUAAUGACUGUGUAGACUCUGUUUGCAAUACGAAUAUCACUUUGUGCAACCCAAAUGCAAACAAAUGCAAGUGUCGUAAAAUCGGUUCGGAAGGGACACUCUGCUACUGCCCUCGAGGUUAUACACAUACUGGAGGAGAAUGUAAAGAUCACGCUCUUUUUUUUUCAUUCCCCAGUAUGACUGCAGAUAUCGAUGAAUGCCAGACUUUUGGCGUGUGUCCCCAGAAAUGCGUGAAUACUGAUGGAGGUUACCGAUGUGAAUGUUAUCCUGGAUACCGUUACAUAACGCGACACUCGUAUUCUGGCGACCUUCGUGUGCAUGUCUGUCGUGCGGUUGGAAGCGAUCCAUUCAUUUUAUUGUCCAAUAGGGCUACUAUUCGCGGUUUUGAUUUACAGCUCAAAAAGUACAGGACUCUAGUUCCGAAUGUGGAAUCAGCUGUCGCAAUGGAUUUCUUGCACAAGAAUGGCACACUGAUAUGGUCAGAUGUUUCUAGCGAAAAAAUUUUUAUUUGCCAGUUAGGGAAAGAUAAAACAUUACAUGAAGUAAAAGAUUGUGGUACCACUGAGAACUUAGUACUUGUUGACAAAGGAGUCGUUACACCUGAUGGAUUAGCUGUUGACUGGGUGCACCAGUUGCUGUUCUGGACAGACACAGGAUUAGAUCAAAUUAAUGUGCUGGACCUCAUUACACGGAAAAGGCGGACGCUCUUUACUGACAAUUUAGACGAGCCUAGGGCUAUCGCCGUCGAUCCCAGUCGUGGUCUCAUUUUCUGGUCAGAUUGGGGGGCAAAGGCUCGGAUUGAGCGAGCCGGUAUGGAUGGUAGUGACAGAAAAAUUAUAGUAAGUGGUGACAAAAUUCAGUGGCCAAAUGGUAUAGCUCUUGAUAUUUUGGAUAAACGCGUUUUCUGGGCUGAUGCGAAAUUGAAAAUUAUUAUGACAUGCGACUACAAUGGGCAAGACAUAAAGCUUGUCCUCAGAUCUCAUGAUCUUCUGCGACACCCUUUUUCUUUGGCUGUAUUUGAAGAUCGUCUUUAUUGGACUGACUGGGACAGUGAUGGAGUAGUUGCAGCAAACAAGUAUACUGGAAAAGAAGUUGAAAAGAUAAUGCGUGGUGUAUCGGGGCCGUUGACAGUGCGAGUAUACCAUGAAGCAGUACAACCGAACCAUCCAAAUAAGUGUUACAGACAUGAGUGCCAUCACCUUUGUUUACCACGGCCGUAUUUGUAUGACGAAAAAGAAGGUGAAAUGUUUCAUUCAAGAAUUCCGUACACUUGUGCUUGCGCGAAUGGAUUUGUAUUCCGUUCUUCUGGCGAGACUUAUUGCAUUAUGAAAGAAGAGUAUGAUACAUGUGGGCUUUUAAUAUCAAUCAAUUUAUUUGGUGUUUCUAGUAAUGUUUCAUUCGUGGUCCUCGUAUUCGCCCUGAUUAACUUUCAAAUAGUUCUCAAGGAUCUGUUUUCUUUUGUGGGAUAUCUGUGGUAUCGUCGACGACCUAAUCGUUUCGUUAUUUUACACGUUGACAACCCUGUUUACAGGAGGACUGUGGAGGAAGUGGAUGCCGAUAUGGAGGCCUUUGCGGACGGGGCUGCCCAACAGAAUGAUUCCCAAAGGGAAGUGAAGUUAGUAUUCGAUGGGGACCAACGGGACCGAGUAGUUCAAAGAGAUCAAAUCCCUUCUACUACGAACCUGACGGAAUCAAUGACUGCUCCCUUGACGUCUUCAAUGGUCUCAUAG